UUGGCAAACCAGAAUUGGUGCAACCUAUUGGUAUGGAGAGUGGAGCAUUGACGCUAUGAUGUCAAAGAUUCCAUCUCAUGUUCCUAUCUCACAUGCUCCUAAACCUUUGGAAUCAAAUGCAGAUUUCUUUGAUGUGCCAAAGACUCCAUCCAAGGCUUCUCUGUCUGGUUCUGCCAAAUGUUGCAGUGAUGCUAAUUAUGUUGAGUUAGCACAUGGCACAGGUAUAAAAAUUCUAAAGCAUCAAUGGACUUCUGCCCUGCAGACCCAAACAGCCACUUCAAUGGUACAUGUUCUUUUAAUGGUCUCCUUCCCACUGGAGAUUCUGAUCCACAGCAAUUUGAAAGGAGAAACGAGUAAAACUGACUGUGGUGCAGAGAGAAGGAAUGCCCUUGACAAGGACAGCAAUAUAUGUGGCAGUGAAGAAGUUUCCCAAUGUGUCCAGAGGAGCUUUGGGGUGUCCAGAGGAGCUUUGGGGUUUGCAGUGAAUUCUAAGAUGGGGGAACUGAGAUGGCUUGAAAAAAAAAAAAGAUCUGCCACACAGGGCAGCUAUUUGCACCUCAAUAGUCUGGUGGAUCCAGAGAAAUAUAUGGAAAACCAAUCAAUAGGUGUUGCAGCAGUGGCGUGGAAUAGGGAAAAGCACUCCAGCUGCUCCCCGCCCAAGCAGCUCACCCUUCUACGAGGUGAGUUUAAUGUCGCAUUCAGGGCUCAGGAACAGGGUGAGCUCUCGAUCGCAGCAUCAGAGAGCAGGCUGAUCCAGUUGGAAGCAAAGGACUCGACUUAG